AUGUGGCGCAUCCGAACAAUUGUCGAGUCCGACCUAGUCGAUAAAGAGGCUGCUGUCGGUGCGGAGCAAAUCGCAGCAUCUUCAGGGACGGGUCAAGUAUCUCAUCCAACGACAACAGUCUCUUCAACGGACUACUUGCCGCUCAAAGACUGGGUUGUCUAUGAGGAUGAGCGAAUCAUUGUCCUCAACAAGCCUUCAGGAAUACCAGUGCAAGGCGGGACGGGCGUUACGAUAUCGAUUGACAGUUCUCUCUCAUUGCUUCAAGGCAGCUAUCCAGAUAGGCCGAGAUUGGUUCAUCGACUCGACAGAACUACAUCGGGGAUAUUGGUCCUCGCCAGGACUCGCAAGGCGGCUCAGGACCUUGCCUCACGCUUUCGUGAGGCGGCAGAUCCCAACAGCAAGGAUGACCCUAGUGCGCCCUCCAGGAUACAAAAAAAGUAUUUUGCAAUUGUCGGUUCAGCAGAGCCGAUCAAGGAACCUCGACAGAGGAGCAAGGCAGCCUCUUCUGGUGGAUCAUUUCGGGUGCAGGGCGAUAUGUUGAUGAUUACGAACGGGAAGGCACAGUCCAUACAGAUGGCUCCCAGUAACGCCUCAAACUCGGCUUUGGCAACCAAGUCGGUCUGGUCAUCUACAACCGAUGUUAUAAUUGCAGCUCAAAACUUUCAUGCAGGGGUCUUUAUCCAAGGACAGGUAGGAAACACCAACUUCGAGUCCACUGUGCUCAGCUACUGCGUGGUAAGAGGAUUCAUGGAAUCUACUCGUUUACAAGAAGCACCGAUUCUUGGAGACAUCAAGUAUUCUGACAACGGAACAAGAACUGAAAACAAGAAAGAUCCUAGGAUAUACCUUCACAUGGUGGAGCUGGAGUUGAAGAAAAUCAAGGAGCAACAAGGACUCAAAACGGCAACAGUUAUCGGUUCACGGAGGACGGGACACUCGUGGUGA